GGAGCUGCUGUGAAACAUUGAUGAGCUGGAGGCCAGGAGCUCCAAGCUCGCCGAGCAGCUGCACCAUGAGAGAGAAAGGAGCCAUGGGGACUGUGGAGGAAUCUCUGAAGUGUCCCGUCUGCCAGGACGUCUUCACAGAUCCUGUCACGCUGCUGUGUGGUCACGACUUCUGCCUCAGCUGCAUCCAGACCGUGUGGGAGACAGAUGAGUCGGACCGUCAGGGCCCUCUCUUCUGCCCCGAGUGUCAAAUCCUUCUACCCUCUGACCUCAAGCUACAGCGACCCUUUGGAUUUAGCCCCGAUCCAGGAAGUAGACCGAUCCCUGUGUGACCCUGAGAAGAUGAGAACUGUGGAGAAGCUGGUGGACGACCUCUCUGUGGCUCUGUCCCAACACUUCCCUCGAAUGUGGUCAUAUCUGAGUUCUCCAUCUCUGGACUGCAGCACGGCUCAUCCUAAAUUGGAAAUAUCCGGUGACAUGAGGCGGGUGUUCUGGAGGAGACAGCCGGGCGGUGAAGCUAUGAGCCUCCGGCCUUAUGACUCCCAGUACAGCGUCCUCGCCCAGGAGAGCUUCACUACUGGUCAACAUUACUGGGAGGUCAUAGUUCAGGAGAAACCGUACUGGCUGACCGGGGUGACCACGGGGGCGGAUGUCAGAAAAGAGAGCACCAAUCAGAGUUCAUCAACUCUUAACUUAAACAGCACAUCCUGGUGCAUCUACCACGGGGACGGCCAGUACCUGGCAUGCCAUGACACCCAGGAGAAGCAGCUGUCAGUGGGAAGGAGAGUGAGGAAGCUGGGCAUACUGGUGAACCUCCAGAAGGGGGAGCUGUCAUUCUAUGACGCUGAUUCGAUGAGUCUGCUUCACUCCUUCUGUGUGCAGUGUGCAGAGCCGCUGUUCCCCAUGCUGAACCCCUGCAUCGAUGUGAACGGACUGAACAGGCAGCCACUGACAUUGUUUUACAUUAAAGACCCCUGAGACCGGAUUUAAAGAGCAGCAAAGACGGCCUCAGCUUCCUUUUUAUGUACAAAGACUUCAUGUCAAACACUUUGCAUGUUUAAUUCCUCUUUUUGCACACUGUAAAUGAUGUGUGGCUGUUAUAUAAUACACUACUGACCAAUCAUCAAUUAAAGAAAC